AAGAAUGGCAUACUCUGUUCUUCAUUUCACCAUCAAAACAUCCGCCAUAGAUCUCUCUCCGGGCUGUCGGAAUCAGAACAAAGCCGGAGACUUUCAGUAAUCCGGCGAAGCCAAAUCGACCAUACUCCUAUUAUGCAAGCUUUCAGAUCAGCUCUAUUCACUUUGCCUUUUCUCUUUCUUCUCGUCCGUUCUCCUGCCUCCGCCGCCGGUUCUGACCUUUCUCCACGCUUCCAUGUUGGUCGGGGAGAGUUUGCUCCGGCGACGGGGAGGAAUCUGGCUGAAGCCACCGUCGGAAAUUCGUCGCUGAUUUUAGCCAAAUCUAGAACGUAUAGAAAAGACCCACUUAACAAUUUCGCGCGCUAUACAGGGGGUUGGAAUAUCACAAAUAAGCAUUACUGGGCUUCUGUCGCUUACACAGCAGCUCCCUUCUUCACCAUCGCCGGAAUUUGGUUCAUCGUCUUUGGGUUAUGUUUAAUGUUCAUCUGCCUCUGUUAUUGCUGCUUUCCAAGGGAGCCUUACGGCUAUUCCCGACUGGCUUAUGCUCUGUCUCUCAUAUUUCUCAUCCUCUUCACCAUUGCAGCAAUUGUCGGGUGUGUUGUUUUGUACACGGGACAGGGGAGGUUCCACAGCAUCACGACAAGAACACUGGACUAUGUAGUGAGCCAAGCUGAUGACACUGUCGUUAAUCUCCGUAAUGUUUCGGAUUACCUUAAUGCAGCUAAGAAGAUCGGAGUUGCUUCAGCAGUUCUUCCUGGUGAUGUCCAAAACAAAAUCGAUGAUAUUGAGAAAAAGAUCAACUCUUCUGCUGCGAUUCUGUCUGAAAAGACAGGAUCUAAUUCAAAGGCUAUCCAAUAUGUUCUUGAUCAUGUGAGGCUUGCUCUUAUAAUUCUGGCGGCUGUUAUGCUCCUUCUCGCGUUUCUUGGAUUCUUGUUUUCCAUCUUCGGGAUGCAAUCUCUUGUUUACUUCUUCGUGAUCAUUGGUUGGAUUCUUGUCGCGGGCACGUUCGUUUUGUGCGGUGUUUUUCUUCUUCUCCAUAAUGUUGUAGCAGAUACAUGUGUAUCAAUGGAAGAAUGGGUACAAAACCCAACAGCUCAUACAGCACUGGAUGAUAUCCUACCAUGUGUAGACAACGCCACAGCUCAGGAGACACUCACACAAUCAAAGACAGUGGUAUUUGGACUCGUUUCAGUGGUUAACGAGCUCAUCACUGGAAUCGCCAAUAAGAACAUCCCACCAAGUAUUGGACCGCCCGCCUAUUUCAACCAAUCUGGUCCAUCAAUCCCCACACUCUGCAACCCAUUUCAUCUAAAUCUCACCGACCGGUCAUGCGCCCCAAGCGAAGCAGAGCUGCAAAACGCUACUCAGGUGUGGAAGAGCUAUGUCUGUGAAACAUCAGCUUCCGAUAUCUGUACAACACCCGGUCGGCUGACACCGGCCUACUACGGUCAAAUGGCGAGCGCAGUGAAUGUAAGCUUCGGGUUGUACAAGUAUGGCCCGUACUUGGUGAGCUUGGAAGACUGCUCUUUCGUGCGGCAGGCAUUCACGGACAUACACAACGGCUAUUGCCCUGAUUUGCGUCGAUAUACGGAGUGGAUCUAUGUUGGGUUGGUUACGGUGUCUGCUGCGGUGAUGCUGUCGUUGAUUUUCUGGGUUAUCUACGCACGAGAGCGGCGGCAUCGUGUGUAUACAAAGAACCAUAUGGCGUAUGAACGCCAAAGAUAACAAACAAAACUGUUGUAAUGGAUGAAUGUUUGAAUUUUUUAUUUUGUAUUCAAUGAAAUUUUGAUUUAUUAAUUGAGGAUUA